GACCAAUUGUGAAUAAAGACCGGGGGGAGAAAACAAGAAAAAAACACACCACUCAUUCCAGGAAUAAUGUCCGUUUUGCUGAGGGAAAUAGGGAGGAUCUAUCCACAUGCUGCCACCGAGUUUGAAAGGUUUGGCAUCAUCACUGAUACGGAGAUCCAGUCGCUGAGCAGAGAAGAUCUGAAUGAACUGUUCGGUGGCCGUCAGAAUUUUAAAAUGAGAAAGGCCAUCCACGAAUUAAUAAACAAACAGAAGCCAAUUGAUCUGCAGUUAAAGGAACUCAAGGCUCUCAUUCGACAUGAGUCUUUGAAGGAUGCUUUAGGUGAGAAUGGGUUCCUGUGUAACUACCUCUUCAUCAUAAGGGACUUGAAGAACCAAAUGGACAAAGCCCAGACAUUCUUUGAUGCUCAUAUUGAUCUAAUGGAGGAAUAUGCCAAUAAGAAAACAUCCAAGUCAGUCAAAGAUGGUCCCUCAGGCAGAAGUAUUGCUGUAAUGGACAACACAACCCAAACUGAUGACCGUCCUCAAGAAACACAAGUUCAUACCUUGGCGAAGCAGGACAGCAGCAUCUCUAAGUCAUCACAGAGACAUGUGGGAUCUGUUCCAGGGGCUUCUUCUGCCACUAAACUGAGAGAAGUGAAGUUCCAGUCUGUUGUAAGUGGUGAAACCUUUGGCAGUCAUCAAACCAUAUUGGACCGCGUGAGAAAUAAGGGUGGGCUUAAACUGGUCGAGGCCAAUGGAAGCCAGGAUUGCCAGAUCAUCAUUGUCUUCUGUCCAGUGCUGUCACGCAUUAUGUCAGAUGUGUAUAAUGCCAUGGAAAACAUUCCAGAUGAUAAACCAGUCAUUCUUGUGCUGAUGCAUCACACACACAACGUCUCCUGCAUUGUCCCCAUGAUGUCUGCAUCACGAAAAAGCUUUAAAAUGGUGUUGGCUGUCAACGUGCUCUACCAUGAGACAGCGCAUGGAUUACUAAAUUGUGCAAGGAAUGAUGCGGCAGUCUCUGAAAUGCUAAGACUGGGUCACUGUGCACUGGAACAUGGGCUGGCACUGGUUGGUAAGCACCCGGAUGGGAAAUGGACCUGUGGAGAGGCAGAAAAUGUGAAUCACGCUUUGAUGGAAUGCACCAACUAUCACACAGAGAGAAGCCUCAUGCAAGCAGACCUGUCAGAAAUUGGAGUUAUAGAUCAUUCAUUGAAAUCAAUAUGCGCAACAUUGCGAAACAACAGGAACUGUUAUUAAUUUUCUCCAUUGCACUGGACUCCACAUAAGGAUUUAGCUCAUUCAAUGGAGUUCUACAAAUGCCCCGUCGAGGGCAGCAAUAAGCCGUUGCUGCGUCUAGUUUGCUGCAAAUUCAACAGAAGAAGACUUUCAAAGUUUGGCAAACGCAAACAACGCCGCGGCUAUUGUCUGUUGUAAUGAAGUGUCAGGCGGUUUUAUUGAUCAUGUUUCGCACCGCUCUUCAAUAUCAUCUGGGUUUAUUGCUGCAUGAUUCUUACUCCUCGAACAAAUGCAAACAUUAAGUAUUUCUCAUGAUAUUACAAAUAACAGUGAAACGGACGCAGUGGCAUCGCGGUGAUAUAGAUUAAAAUCUGUAAAACCAAGUUUGCUAUGAAGGUUUUUGAACGUGAAUUGAUAAUUCAUAUUCAUCUAUAUGUGAAUAGCAUUUUAGAAGCUCCACUUUUUUAUUCAUCGUAUUCUCUUAGUUGAUAUAAACCCCGUUGGUUGAAUCCAGGUCCACAUACGGCUCUGGGCUAUCCGUUGUUUACAAACAGGCCGCUUCCGGAGUUCAAAAUAAGCAUCUGAGCCACCCGCAAACGACUUGAUUAUAAACGACAUUUUUAAUUUUACCAAAGAUGUAUAUACACAUUUCGUAAAACAACAAACGAGUAACACGGCGAUAUUUCACACAACGUCGUUCACCACAACAGCUAGGGUAAAGGCUCAAUUAGCGUUAGCUCGCUAGCGGUAA